CAAAGCCGCACGUUGAAAAUGUCAUUUGCUUUAUCGCCAACGAUAAGCCUGCACAAUUUAAUACUAAAUUUUUCAAUUUUGGUGUGACAUUCAAACGGUAUUUCAAUUCAAUUAAAAUUGCUAAAAGGAUUUCUAUUUAAAUGUCAAUAAACGUAGCGAAUCAAUUGAUACGAAAUUAUUAUGGAUUGGGACGGAUGGCAAACUAUAGAAGUGUGAAUAGAUUGUAUAGUACUCGUAUUUUAAGCUCAAAUCAGACUCUAAUAUGCAGAAAAACUGUUUCGAUAAAUUUGUGCGAGUACAGCACUCAGAAACCAUCGUCAAAUGCACCAGCAUCACCAUCAAUUCUGCCAAAAAUCACUGCACUACUCAGUGAAACCAGUAAAUUGACACCAGUGUCACAGACCAUCAUCAAUAAUGGAAGGUCAUUGUUUCGGCGACAGUGGGAUGCAUUUUUCAAUUGGUACGAUGAAAUUUCACACACAAACGAGGUUCGUAUUGCACAUAAACAAGUUGAAGAUCUGCAAGACAAAUUGAAUCAAGCUCAACAAUUGCGUCGUGAUGUUAGCAAAGAACUCAAUGACAUUCGAUACGAAUUACAAGUGUGCUAUGCCGAUCAGGCAAAUUGUCAAAAGGGCGAUCCACGGUAUUUGGAGAUGAUUCGAAGAGAAAUUGAGGUGUCCAGCAGAGAAAAGCAGAAAACUGAGGAAUUCAAUUUGCUUGAUAAAGCCGAACGUGAUCUUUUCAUAUUGAUGCAAUCAGCUAUAAAAACAUCACAUGAAAAAGAGAAAAUUCAUACAAACUCAGCAAAGUAUUGGUCAAUUGUUGGAUCGUUAGCAG